UCUCGAAGGGUUUAGGGUUUUGCUCCAUCGGCGUAAAGGAGAUUUUUCUUUUUAUCUGUGGUCUGGUUUGACACAGUAAAUGCUGGAGCUGGAGCUUAAAGAAGAAGACGAGCAGCAGCAGCCAGGAGAAGGAAAACAGGGGGUGAAGGAUGUGGUAUCUUUGCGUGUUCUUCCACAGACUGUUGGAUUACCGACGGCCAGAAGUCGAGGCUCUUGCGGAGCUCUUUCAGCCCAACUCAAGCAAUGAGCCUCUGGAAUGGAGGCUUCCCGAGAAUCACCAUCCCGAUUCUCCAUUCCAUUUCGUGAAUCUGUCUUCCGAUGACGUCGCCCGAGACAUCGCCAAUCGAAGCUUACUAGUGAAAGGAAUGUAUGAGCUUUGGGGCGAAGGAAGCACACUGGAAGAAUUGGAACAGGCGAUAAAGAGCUACCCAGAUGAGCGAAAGUCACCAUUCUUGAGUUCUGAAAGUAGUUUCAAGAUCAUCGUUGACAGCUUUGGGAAGGUGAUGAGCUUCGCGGAGCAGAAUGACCGUAUUGAGCAACUUGCUUACAUUCCUUUCAAGGGUAGGGUGAACCUGAAACAUCCAGAUCAUAAGUUUUGGCUCAUGGAGACUGAUGACUAUGGGGGUAACAAUGGACUGCCACCAGUUGUUCAAAAAAGGAUCUUUUUUGGCCGUGAGGUAGGUGGUUCUGACAGGAAGCUAAUACCCACAUACCAGCUAAAAAGCCGCACGUAUCUUGGCCCAACAGCGAUGGAUGCAGAAAUGGCUUUCUUGAUGGCCAAUCAAGCUCUGGUCAAGCCUGGGAAACUUGUCUAUGACCCUUUUGUUGGGACUGGCAGCAUUCUGAUUGGUGCUGCUCAUUUCGGAGCAGUGACAAUGGGUGCUGACAUUGAUAUUAGAGUAGUUCGAGAUGGACGUGGCCCUGACCGCAAUGUUUGGAGCAAUUUCAAGCAGUAUGGACUGCCUAUGCCUGUUGGCCUUCUAAGGGCUGAUAAUAACUCUCCUCCUUGGCGUCCUGGAUUGAAAGAGGUUUUUGAUGCCAUAAUCUGCGACCCACCGUAUGGAGUUCGUGCUGGUGGACGCAAGUCAGGCGGCAGAAAGCUGCUGAAGGGAGUUGUGGGACCAUACAUGGUCCCUGAUGACAAGAGAACAGACCACAUACCUUCAACUGCAGCAUACAGCUUAGUUGAAUGUGUACACGAUUUGCUAGACCUUGCUGCGAGGAUGCUUGUGAUCGGUGGCAGGCUAGUCUACUUCUACCCUGUGCUUCGAGAAGAUGAAGCUACUGUGGACAACACCGUCUUCCCAGACCACCCUUGUUUUGAAUUGAUUUCAUCUUCGGAGCAGAUCCUGAGCUAUCGUUACAGUCGGGUCUUACUAACCAUGGUCAAGAGGCACCCUUACACCGAGGAGAUAGCUGAAGCAGCUAGGGUAAAGCAUGCGGAUUUCAGAGAAAACCACGUCAAGUGGCUAGAAGAUGGAAAUCUUCAUUCCUCUGUUUUCGCUCCAGCUGAUCAACUCACCGUGCCAGGUGAAGAUGCCAAACCACUUAGAGAUAAACCUAAAUACAGAGGCAAGUAUGUCUAG